UUCCCCUUUGCAAAGUAGAUCCUAGACUUACAUAGACUAUGAUAGAACAUUCGUCUAGAGUCUCAAAAACUUUCAAGUGAAGGCACCCACCUAUCCGGGAUAAUGGAGGUGGCUCUCACCUCCCACCACAUUGAGUGGAGGAUCAUAUAGCUUCUGCCAGGGGAGUGUGGUAUGACACGGGAUCAAAGGAAGGCACCAUCAAUUGGACCUUGUUGCCCGGAGUUCCUCCAUCACGAUAUCCGUUUCUGAAUACAAGUCCGCCGUUGAGCUAUUGAACAGGGGAUCAAGCUGACGUGAGACCUGGCUAAGGAGGUCCGCACCCCGUUCAAGAAAGACAGAUUGCGGCUGUCUGCUAUAUAUCCAACUAAUGACAAAGGUUACUGCACCCAUGCCACAAUGGAGGAAGAUGGAAGUUCAGCAGACAAACAGCCUAAUACAAUCAAUACUUCAGUUGUUCCUCUACCAACCAGCUCUCCGGCCUCGCCCUCUGAGACCCUCACAGAUGAAAAGCGGGCACCUGUGAGGAAUGACGGACUGCCCGUCCAUGUGCCCGUCAUCAGCUUGGGACACAGCCGAGUCACACUAAGGCCAGAACUCACUACUUUACAUCCUGUUCCCUCCUGGAUGUUGGCACUACCGGGCAUACGGGCACCAUUCUUUCCUGCUCAGUUUCACGCCCACCCCUAUCUGCCCAGUCCUUACCUCCGUGCCACUAGCCUGAUCCCUAUCUUUUCUGGGAGAUUUAAGAGGAGAAGCUUCGCUGACAUCAUUGAACCUCCCUUCAUAGUACGACAGCCACAGAAAGUCGCCCGUCGUGUCUUCACCAACAGUCGGGAGCGCUGGAGGCAGCAGAAUGUCAAUGGAGCCUUCGCGGAGCUGCGGAAACUGAUCCCCACCCAUCCACCUGACAAGAAGCUCAGCAAGAAUGAAAUUCUCCGUUUGGCUAUGAGAUACAUUACAUUCCUAGUCACUCUGCUGGGGGACCAGCACAGCCCUCCUCCCAAAACAUCCCCUCCCAAGAGGAGAUUCACACAAACUGAUUUGCCCCAGAAAGUCAAAGAGUGUCACAGUCCGGCGCCUAGCAUGCAGGUGCGGGAAGACCAGGAGAGAAACAGGGACUUUGGGUGCACAGUGUCUCCGAUGUCUGGCAGUUGCGGAGACAGUGUAGAGUCAGAGGAGUCGGAGGGGGACAGAGAAAGCGUUUCGUCCUCGACAAGCACAAAAAUCUCAAUGAUCAGGUCAGAAAUUGGAGGAAGUCGGUGAGGGUUGGAGAACGGAGGAGACUGAGGUCGUUUUAUGAAUACCUUACUCUCCUUCAAAACUUCAUGUUGCUGAACAGACACACCCUCCAAUGUACAAAGCUUUGAGUAACGGACAGUAGGAGGAAAUAUUUCAGCAUGAGAAUCAAUGAACGAACCAGAGAAGAAGAAUACCAACAUCUUGUUGCUUAAUCAGCCGUGUGUACUGUGUUUCAAUGACUGUACCGUUUACAGAAUAGCUUGAUUACUACUGAGAGGCGGCGCCAUGAUAGUCGCCUAAACAAACUUUAUUUUUCUUUUACGCAUCCAUUUCGGUUUAAAUGUACCGUAUUUGCCGGCGUAUAAGACGACUGGGCGUAUAAGACGACCCCCAACAUUUCCACUCAAAAUAUAGAGUUUGUUAUAUACUCACCGUAUAAGACUACCCCCUCUUCCGCACACCUUCCACACACCAAAUAAAACGUAAAAGAACAUCAGACUACAACUUUAAGUUUAAAA